CAACCUCGAAUCGGUAUCAACAGGUAUCAGGUGUGCGAGCGGGCAUAAAUUACUCGACACACACACACGACGAUAAGAUCGAUACCGUUAAGUUCAGACAUGGCCUCUGGUAGCACCGAUAAUGCCAGCGGUUCAACCGAUCUGGAUAGCCAAGUAGAUGUGGGCGAUUUGCCUAUAACCUUCAAGGUCAAAUACAUUGGUUCAGAGGUAGCCAGAGGCUUGUGGGGCAUUAGAUACACACGUCGCCCUGUGGACAAAAUGGUGGGCGUGGCCAAGAAUCUGCCAGCCAAUAAAGUACUGCCCAAUUGUGAACUGAAAGUGUCCACCGAUGGCGUGCAAUUGGAAAUCGUUUCACCAAAGGCCAGCAUAAAUAACUGGAGCUAUCCGAUUGAUACCAUUUCGUAUGGCGUACAGGAUCUAGUGUAUACCCGCGUCUUUGCCAUGAUCGUGGUGAAGGAUGACUCCAAUCCACAUCCGUUCGAGGUGCAUGCCUUCGUCUGCGACAGUCGGGCGAUGGCCCGCAGAUUGACAUUUGCCUUGUCAGCCGCUUUUCAGGACUAUUCACGACGCGUCAAGGAGUUCUCCGGCGAUGGCGAUGGCGAUGGAGAUGGCGGAACGAGAGCUGGCAAUGCCUCGUCCCCCAGUGACACAAUCACACCGACCAGGCAAAAGUUUGCCAUCGAUCUGCGCACACCCGAGGAGAUUCAGGCCGGGGAACUGGAACAGGAGACGGAGGCGUAGCCAAAAAUCAACUUGACCAGUAUUUUUUCUCCUUUUUUUUUGAGUCGUUGUAAAUUGGGUUUAAUGGGGGUAUUUUUUUUUGGGUAUGUUGUAAUGUUGUCGUCCAGUAUAUUGUUUUUUUUUUUUUUUUUUUUUUGGAUGCGUAACGUAGUAUUUGUAGAGUUCUCACACCUGGUAGUAGCCUCAUACAGCUAAUUGCCCAAAGUUUAAGUGUUAAUAAAUAAAAGCCAAAAAAAAUACUAGUAA